CCAGGUUAAUAAUAUUACUGCGUGCGGCCAAGGGGGCGACUUUUACAUCCUCUGGUAGGUUUGGAUAUUAUUUUUAGUGCUUGGGCGUUGUUACUAGUCUUUUCGCUAGCCGGACCAGUCAUUAUUUGUGCCGCCAUCCGUACGAAUUUACUCGACUCGUCCAUGCGCCAAAUUGAAACGCCUUGUUCUCCUGGAAGGUCGUAUGGCGUACGAAUCCACGGCCCAGAGCACGGGCUGUGACUGGUGUGUUCAUUAUCGACCAUGCCGCAGAGGAACAAGGCCAUGUCAGGCGGGCUUCCGGCCAUCAUCUCUGAUCUCCUGGACCCCCGUGUUCCUCUUAUUCGCCAGUCCCUUCUCUACCAGGCGCGGUGGGUGUUGGGUGAGUGUCGUCCUUCUGUGAAUCUCACUUAUCCUCCCUCCAUCGCAAUAUACAGCAGAUAUGGCCAGACCAGGAGUUUGGCACGGCUGGAGGCAGCUGGUGGCUGCUCUACUAGCGGUGGCUAAUCUGGUGCACGGCUUCGACCUGGACAUCAGCAGUACUGAAUCCCUCAAAAAUGCCGCCAGCACAGCGAUCUACGGACAAAUGCACUUGUACCAAGGAAAUGCAUCAGGCGCCAUUCCCGGUAAGCUGCCUGGCACUUGGUGGGAAGGAGGAGCACUGUUCAUGGCCGCCAUCGAGUACUGGCACGAAACUGGAGACACCACCUACAACAAUGAAGUCAGUGUUGGCAUGCAGUGGCAGGCUGGUGAUGGCGACUACAUGCCGUCCAACUGGAGUAGCUACCUGGGAAACGACGAUCAAAUGUUCUGGGGACUGGCAGCGAUGACAGCAACUGAGCUCCAGUAUCCAGCUUAUGGGACAUACUCGUGGUUGUCGCUCGCGCAAGGAGUCUUCAACACCCAAGUCGCACGAUGGGAUCCCACCACUUGCGGCGGAGGUUUGCGCUGGCAGAUCUGGGCCUACGAAGCAGGAUACAAUCUCAAGAACGCCAUCUCCAAUGGAGGUCUGUUCCAGCUCGCUGCCCGCCUAGCAUAUUAUACCCAUAACGCGACCUACGCCGAAUGGGCCGAAAAGAUCUUCGACUGGUGUGCUUCCACCCCGCUGCUAAGCACCGAAACCUGGAAUGUCGCCGAUUCCGUGGAGGUCGGGAACAAUUGUACCACCCAGGGAAAUAACCAAUGGUCCUAUAACUACGGCACAUUUAUCAGCGGAGCUGCCUACAUGUACAAUUACACAAAUGGCACCGAAAAGUGGGAGAAGGCCGUUAAUGGUCUCCUUGGAGUCACUCUCAAGACAUUCUUCCCGACCCAGUACGGCGGCAACAUCAUGUCCGAAAUCCUCUGCGAACCCACUGAGAUCUGUAACGCCAACGAGAUUCUUUUCAAGGGCUUAACUGCCGCGUGGCUGGCGUUCACCAGCGUCCUGGUGCCAUCGACCUACGACCAAAUUCUCCCUAAGCUACAGGGGUCCGCAGAAGCGGCAGCAGCAUCGUGCAGUGGUAACAACAACAACUCCUGUGGUGUCCGCUGGUACACCAAAGCCUGGGACGGAUGGACUGGAAUUGAGGAGCAAAUCAGCGGAACCAAUAUAUUCGUUGCCAAUCUCGUUGCCGCCAACCGGACGAGACCAGUGACAGCGACCACUGGAGGAAACAGUACGAGUGAUCCGACUGCCGGACAGGACGAUCACUCUACCUCGACCCAACUGGCCGCGAUCACCACGGGCGACAAAGUGGGCGCUGGUUUCUUGACCGCUGGCUUUGUCACAUCCUGGAUCGGGUUGCUUGUAUGGAUGGUGAUUGGCACUUGAGAGAUCUUGUGCUGGUUUGCCCGUUUCGUAUGACAUAGACUUCCAAUUAUUGAUUAGCCUCGUGUAUUUUUAAUCUUAUGCAAGCAUAUUUUUUCCUUUCGAGGGGGCAAAACAAUCAUCGAUGCGCCAAGUUCCAACAUUCAUGGCUGGCUUCUACGAAAUCUGUCGUCCACCGGUAGAAGACAGGAAGCUCAAUCAGAUCUUCAAUUCCAAAGAGUGCCAAGAACAAGAUCCGAUCCGAUCUACGUACUCUAUGCGCC